AACAAUGUCUGACCAGGCAGAGGCGCUCCGCGCACAGGUGGCGUCCGUGGUGGAGACGGCGGAGAUGUACUUUGGCGCUGACAAGGAGGCCCGCCUGGCGGCCGAGUCGCAGGCUGCGCUGGAGGCGCUCGACGCAGCGGCCGAUGAUGUGUUGACAACGGCCGAGGUGCUGACGCUCCGUGGGCAGGUCCUCAAUGCGCCCGACGCGUACUCGGCCGACGCCGAGGCCGCUCUGUCCAAGGCCGUCAAGCUCGCGCCCGAGUGCGUCGAGGCGUGGAACGCGCUCGGUGCUGUGUUCUGGAAGAAGAAGGCGUAUCAGGAGGCCAAGGACUGCUUUGAGGGCGCGCUGGCUGUGGCAGAGAACGCUGACUCGCUGCGCAAGCUCUCGAUGGUGGAGCGCCACCUCGGCGGCUCCGGCGCCAAGCUCCGGACCGCCGUCGCUUCGUCGGUCGCCCACGCCAAGCGCGCCACCGCGCUCGACAUUACCUCCCCGGCAUCGUGGUACUCGCUCGGUAACGCCCACCUGACGCAGUUCUUUACCUCGACCCAGGACGUCUCGGAUCUGGCCCACGCGCUCAAGGCCUACGCCCGCGCCGAGGCUGCCGGCUACGCCGCCCACCCGGACCUGCACUUUAACCGCGCGCACGUGUACAACUACAUGCUGCGCUUCCAGGAGGCAUACGACGGAUUCCGCCUCGCCCACAAGCUUGACCCGUCGUGGACCGCCGCUGCCACUCUCGCUACAGACCUUGCCCGCGACGUCACCAAGGUGCAGACCCUCAUCGCCAAGCGUGCCUCGCUUCGCGAGAAAAAGGUCAAGGCUGCUGCAGCGUCGCUGACCCCGCUGCGCAUCCUGCGCGAGCGGACCCAUGUGACGCUUGCUCAGCUCGGCGCAGGGCCUAACCCCGGCGGUGCCGUCGCCGUCAAGGUCAUGGCCACCGUCGUCCGGGCCAACAACAUUCCCCAGACCUUUGUCGUUCUCGAUCCUGAGGCCACCUUUUCCACCGUCUCGAUCUACAACAUGCGUGACGGUGCUAUUUCCGUCGGUGACGAGCUCUGGAUCGCGGAUCCGUUUGUCUGCGCCGUCUCUCUUGAUCCCGAGGCCCCGCUUCCGGACGUCACCGCCGACGCCCCGCCUGCCGCCCCCGAGGGCAAGGGCAAGGACGACGCCGAGGACGCCGCCGACGCCGCCGACGCCGCCUCCUCCACCGCUGCCACGUACACCUCGAUCCGCAUCGACAAGCCCAACGAUCUCUGGAUCAACGGCCGCUCUGUCGAGGCCAGCGGCGGCAUCGAGGCCCAGUCCAACCUUCUGUUCUCGGCCAAGGACUCGGACAACCAAUGA